AGAGAAUCGAGCAAACGGAGCGCGGCGAUGCUGCUUGGUGCGCGCGUGCUGCGCGCGGUGCUGUGCGUGAUCAGCUGCGUGUGUGCGUGCGUGGAGGCCGCCUCGCGCCCCAAGCCUCACUCGCUGCCCAUCCAGUCUGAGAGAGAACCUCUGCCUUCUAAAGGCCUGUCAGGAUGCGCAUUUGGGGGUCGAUUCUAUUCCCUGGAGGACGCAUGGCAUCCAGAUCUGGGGGAGCCCUUUGGUGUAAUGCAUUGUGUCCAGUGCCACUGUGACCCUCAAAAGAGUCGGCGUGGGAAGGUAUUUGGGAAAGUCAACUGCAAGAACAUUAAACAGGACUGUCCGGACCCGGACUGUGAUGAUCCCAUUCUGCUGCCUGGACAUUGUUGCAAGACCUGUCCAAAAGGUGAGAAAGAGAAAAAACAGACCGGCCAAAUGCUGGACAGCUUUGAGUAUUUCCAUGAGAAAGCCAAAGGGAAAGAGGACGACUUGCACAAGUCUUACAAUGACAGAUCCUACCUGAGCUCAGAGGACAUGGGCCCGGAGGAGAGCCGCACUGACUUUGUAGCACUGUUGACAGGAGCGACGGAAUCAUGGCUGCCGAGUUCCAGUGCAGUUGCCAGAGCUCGUUUCUCUCUGACCAGGAGCAGCCUGGCCUUCUCCAUCACAUACCAAAAAAUGGCCCAGCCCAGUAAAAUCAUCUUCCUGGGUACAGAUGGUGCCACUGCUUUUGAGUACAAAGUCUCCAUGGGACAAUCAGACAUGAUUUGUGGUGUAUGGAAAAAUGUAGCCAAGCCUCUUCUGCGACAGCUGCACAAUGAGCAGUUGCGCAUCAGCAUGAGCACGUCAAGCGGCCGACAAGAGGAAGUGGAAGGGAAGAUCAUCAAACACAGGGCUCUGUUCGCCGAGACAUUUAGCUCCACACUGACGUCAGAGGUGGAGAACGCAGGCAUGGGCGGUAUUGCCAUGUUGACGCUAAGUGACACUGAGAACAACCUCCACUUCAUCCUCAUCCUUCAAGGCCUCAUCAAAAACAAAGACAAAGAACCCCUUUUGGUUCCCAUUCGAGUCCAACUUCUUUACAGGCAACACACCCUGAGAGAGAUCCAGGCCAACAUCACAUCUCAUGAUCCAGACUUUGCAGAGGUGCUGACAGACCUGAAUAGCCGCGAACUCUUCUGGCUGUCUCGCGGGCAGCUAGAGAUCGCCGUAGCAACACAGGGUCACAAUCCCCUGCAGAUCUCUGGAUUCAUUACGGGCAGAAAAUCAUGUGACACCAUCCAAAGUGUGCUGUCCAGCGGUGAUGCACUGACUCCUGGGAAGACUGGAGGCAUGGGCUCCGCUAUCUUUAACCUCCAUGAUAACGGCACACUGGAUUAUCAGUUUCAAGUUGCGGGUCUCACCGGUGACAUGGUCGGGCUCACUAUUGAGCUGAAGCCGCGGCGACGAAACAAGCGCUCAGUACUUUAUGACUUGACGCCGGAGUACAACAAGGCCACAGGCAGGGCAGUGGGCAGCUGGAGUCGCUUGGAGGCCCGGAACAUUCACAUGCUGCUGCAGAACGAACUCUUCAUCAAUGUGGCAACAGCUCAAAACCAGGAUGGGGAAUUGAGGGGCCAGAUCAAAGCACUGCCCUAUAGUGGCCUUGAGGCUCCAAGGCAUGAGUUGCCCAUCCCUCUUGCCGGCCACUUUGUGUCGCCCCCAAUUAGAACCGGCGCUUCUGGCCACGCCUGGGUGUCCGUGGACAAAUAUUGUCACCUUCAUUAUGAGAUCGUUGUGGCGGGCCUCAACAAGGCAGACGACCUUACAGUAAAUGCCCACCUGCACGGCCUCGCUGAAAUCGGGGAGCUGGAUGACAGCAGUGUCAAUCACAAGAGACUGCUGACUGGCUUCUACGGCUCGCAGGCUCAUGGAGUGUUGAAGGACAUCAGUGCUGAAUUACUGCAGCACUUGGACCGAGGAACAGCCUUUAUCCAGGUCAGCACCAAGCUCAAUCCAAGGGGAGAAAUUCGUGGACGGGUCCAUGUGCCCAACAACUGCGAGUUUGGGACUACAGGGGGCUUAGACGAGGCCGAGUUUGACGACCUUUUUGUCAAAGAUCCCGAGGCGCUGAAGAAAGACCCUCAUACCUGCUUCUUUGAGAACCAGUACCACGCUCACGCAUCCCGCUGGACUCCCAAUUAUGAUAAAUGUUUCUCCUGCAGCUGCCAGAAGCGAACUGUGAUCUGUGAUCCAAUAAUCUGCCCGGUGUUGACCUGUUCCCAAACUAUCCAGCCUGACGACAAAUGCUGCCCAGUCUGUGAUGAGAAGAAGGAAGCAAAGGACACAAAAGUUCCAGAAAAAGUGGAAGAAAAUCCUGAAGGUUGUUAUUUUGAGGGAGACCAGCAGAUGCACGCCCCAGGAACGACAUGGCAUCCUUUUGUACCUCCCUUUGGUUACAUUAAAUGUGCCGUUUGCACUUGCAAGGGUUCAACCGGUGAGGUACACUGUGAGAAGGUGACGUGUCCAGUGUUGACAUGCAGUCAUCCGGUGAGACGAAAUCCCUCGGACUGCUGUAAAGAGUGUCCUGAGGAAGAGGAGACCCCCGGGGACCUGGAACACGCUGACAUGAUGCAGGCAGAUGGGCCGAGACACUGCAAAUUCGGCAAGAACUAUUACCAGAACAGCGAUAACUGGCAUCCGUGGGUACCCCUGGUGGGAGAAAUGAAGUGCAUCAACUGCUGGUGUGAUCAUGGUGUGACGAAAUGUCAGCGUAAGCAAUGUCCAGUGCAGACCUGCUCCAGCAUCACUCGCAGAGAGGGCUCGUGCUGUCCUGACUGCAUCGAUUUGGGAGACGAAGUUGAUCUCAAGAUGAAGGCUGUAGACAAACCACCAAGCCGGAGACACUGACCUAAUACAGAACACUCAAAUAACCCUGAUGACGACCUUUUUAAGAGGACCCUUCACCCAAACCCAGGACUGCAUUCUGGGCCAAAUAAAUCCCACCCCUAGUCCCCACCCCGCCAUCUCCCACCCACCUUGUCGUCAGCUUCAAGAUUGUAAAGGACAAAGAGGAGCAGAGGUGGAAAAUUAGAAGAUGAAAACUUGAAUAAAUGAGAGCAUUUUCCUCGUGAUUAGUGACCUUGGAGAUGACCAAACAGCUACUACAAACCUGCAGACUUCUGCUUCCUUUCAUGAAAUUUUCCUGGAAAUAUUUGCUUGCUUUAAAAAGAAAACUUAUUCAGCAGCUUAACAAGGCAGCUUACGAAUGGAAGCUUUGCAUUUCAGUUGAAUCUCACUGACAGGUCUUCUAUUUUGGAGCAUAACCUUAGCUACUGUACUAUAGCUAUUUCAAAGUGCUCUCACUGGACACCGUAAAGACACAUGAAUGUGUGAAUCUGUGUGAGUCCAGAUGUGUAUGUUUGUGUGUGCAUGUGUUGUGUUUUAAAUUACAGCGAAACAGCUGUACAGAUGGACGUGACAUUAAACCCACUGGGUGACGAGGUGAAGUUCAACUUUUAAAAAAAAAAAAAAAGAAAAGGGAAAUGGACAACUUUUGUUUUUGUUUGUUUUAUGGGGGUUUCAGCCAGUUUCUAAAAGGAUUCAUGUCCACUUUGAGAUUAUUUCCACAAGUGAUCAAGUCCAUUUUUUCCCCUUUUUUUUUGAGACCACACAGAGAAUCUCCAAGAUGCUGAGCUGCUUCGUUUCUGUGCUAACCUUGAGCAUCUUGUUGAUCUCAGUUUUACUCUGCUUCACUUGUUUCUAUUUUGUCACGUGUCUAACUGUAUGACGUUUUUAAUACUGUUGCUUAAGAACAUGAAGCCGGUUUGUAUUUGUAUUUAUUGAAUG